CUGCCUUACCAUUGUGUCUUACUCUCAGGCAAACUGGUUGGAGAGUCUAAUUUUAGCCCUCUACCAGGCCAGCUUGUUGAAAAAUUGAUCGAUAGCGGAGUCGCUGCUAUAGUAACAGUCACAGUUUUAAUGGUGGUCAGGUGUCACUGGAUCCCCUGAGCAGCAGAUAGUGUACGACAAUGAGUACAGUGCAGGAUGUGAGCGCAUGAAAAUACAAAGUCAUCUGUGAAGUCACUGACAUGUCCAGGGGUUGUAACAGAAGAGAAAAGGGUGAUGACAAGGUGGACCUGUGUGGCCGGGGGAGCUGGUGGCUGGGAACACUGAAAGAUACACCCAACCCAGGCGCCUAUCACAUCUGGGACUUCAUUGAAGAAGCUGAACUGAACCCUGUAAGAAAGACUUAUGGUUUCAAAGGUGUGGGCAGGAAAGCCCAGACUCUGGGUGUGUGUAAGGGCGAUCUGCUGCUUCCCGGGGCAUAUGACUACAUCGACUGCACUCAGGAAGUCCUGAGGAACCAGGCAUCCUACUCUUUCAAAAACUGCCCCCGACCUGACAUCAUCACCCUGGGAAUCAGAGACAAGGACAUAAACACUUCACCAUGCGACUACAAUGUAACAGUGAAGCCAGUGGAGAAGAUUCCUUGCAAGCAUGUGAUGUUUCGGUCGACUGUGCAGCGGAUCAGCUUUCUGCCUAAAAAGGGACCUGCUCCAUGCCACUACAACCCACAGACCAGACCAGCUAAAGGCAUCACCUCCUGCUUCAAGUCCACACUGCCUCGACUCCACAGUGUGAACUCAAAGACCCCAGGACCGGGCGCCUAUGAACCUUACUGGAAGUGGUCUGACUAUGGAGGUCACAGACCCCUCAUUUAGCUGUUUUUCCACAUCAUUCCAAAGUGUGGACUUUAUUUCCCACAAUGCCAGGAUCCCAUUCUGUCUGAGUUCAACCUGAGCACGUGUCCCUCCUAAUUUAAAAAAUAAAAAUAAAAACCAUCAAUGUGUGAAGGAGGGGAAACCUCCAGUCUUUUA